UUGAGUUUGCUCUGUUAAUGGCAUUGUUUUGUUGUGAAAUUUAAAACAUGAACAAACAAAGAUUAUGGCUAACGCGAUUGUUUUAUGCGAGAUAGCCAAUAUUUGUGGUCCAGAUCAACCAGAAGACCUCACCGUUUUUACCUACGGAAAGAAGCGAUAUCGUUUGACGGAAGUUUUGGUUAAACACGCCGAAUCAAUAAAGCAUUGCAUCCAAAAAUGUGAAGAAAGUCGACCACGAAAAAUAAAUUUCAAAGCAUCUGCCAGUGGACAAGAGUUGCUUCUAAUCCAUUUACAAACCGCCAAUCAAACUCGCCAGGUGGAAUUUCAAAUUGCUGGUGAAAUACUGCCCAUAGUCUUUCCAGAGUAUAUACCUAGCUUAGAAUUUGAGGUAGCCAAACAAGAGCAUCUGCAUCAGAGGCCAUUGAAGACUUACGUCACAGCCAAACUAUAUGAUGCCCUCUAUGAGAGGCAUCUACAGGCCAGGCAAUCUGAUGGGGAAAAAUUGCUUAAUCUUCCAUCUUCGUUUCAAUCGAAGUUACGAAAGUAUCAAGAGAGGACAGUUCAUUGGAUGGUGGAAAGGGAACAAUCGAACUAUGAUAUACCCGGCAAUGUACAACUGCUCCAAGCCAUUGAUGGGAAUCAUCGAGUCCUGAAGCACAAUCACUGUUUGGAGUUUUAUCCAUACGAUGGAGAAUUACCACGCAUCCGCCUACCGCCCGGUGGCAUAUUGGCCGAUGAAAUGGGCCUUGGCAAGACAGUGGAAUUUCUGGCAAUGGUCUUGCUAAAUCCACGAGAUGAGACCACAUUUGACAAUAGAUAUUGGGUAGAUAUGUUCGAAAACUUGGACGAUGAAGUGCCAGUAAAACGUAGAAAAUAUCGAGAAGCAGAUACAUUAUGCAUCUGCACUAGAAAACGAGAGAAAAAAGUUCAGUGCAGUAAUUGUCGUCUGUGGCAGCAUGCCAAAUGUAUGAAUAUUGCCAAUAAUAAUAAAAUUCACUCGAAUCACAUUUGUCCCAGUUGUUGGUCGGAAUUAACUGCAUCUGGAAUGCCAAAUUUGAUAGAAUCGAAAACCACAUUUAUUGUAUCUCCCAUUGCCAUUAAAAUGCAAUGGUAUCAUGAGAUACAGAAGCAUAUAUCCCCAAGCCUAAAGAUUCUUUUGUACAACGGCCUGCAUUCAGGCUCAUGGAUUAGCCCUUUGGAAUUGUCGUCCUACGAUGUGGUUCUCUGUGAUUAUGGCGUAUUGCGUCAGGAAAUUUAUCAUACGGCGGACUAUAAAAGCGACCGCCAACUGCGUCAUAGUCAACGCUAUAUGAGACCAUCGUCGCCGCUUCUUAUGGUCAAUUGGUGGCGCGUUUGUCUCGAUGAGGCUCAAAUGGUUGAAUCCUCAACAUCCCAAGCAGCGGAAAUGGUACGCAAAUUGCCGGCCCAUAAUCGUUGGGCUGUCACCGGAACGAUUGAUGAUUUGCCACCUUUAAUGGAGUUUGUUGGCUCAAUGGUUGCCUGCGGCCCUCUCGAUGCUUGGCAAACAGUUGAUAAAGCAUUUCAAUUGAAUCACAAUCCAGGACCACUUUUAGAUUUGCUGCAACAUACUCUCUGGCGGACAUGUAAAUCGAAAGUUGAACAUGAAUUGGGUAUACCACCGCAAACAGAGAUUGUGCAUCGCCUAGAAUUGAGUAAUGUGGAAUCAUUGUAUUAUCGUGAAGAGCACUGCAAGUGCCAGGAUCAAUUUUUCUCAGUGAUAGCCAAACAGGAGCGCUACAAUGUGAUCGACAAUAGCUCCUGCUUGGCAACCAUUUCGUCACAACUCUUAAGAAAUAUAUUGAAGCCAUUUCUUCGCAUCCGUCAGACAUGUUCCAUACCAGUGCUUAGCACCAAUGUAUCCUCAACGGAUUAUCUGAAUCCGCAUGACUUACUAAUGCAUUUAAAAUCGAACAAUGAAACCGAAUGCAAGGCUGAACUAAGAACUUGGGCCUCCUCCUACAAUGGAUUGGCUGCCAUCUAUUUCAUACGAAAGGAUUACUCACAGGCAAUAAGACAUUAUAAAUUGCUGUUGAAAUUGGCCCAGGAUUAUCAGCAAAAGAGUAUAUCAGUGGACAGUGUUCUUCAAAUUCAUGCCAUAUAUAAUCUACUGCAGGCAAGUGAUUUGGCCAUGCCUCCGAUUAAAUUAUCUACCGAAUCAUGUGACCAAAUGCAAGUACAAUUAAAGAAAUUGGAAUGGAAAUAUCUGGAAGAUAAUACAAAAGUUCUACGUAAUGCCUGUCAAGCCUAUGAGCAAAAACUUCAAGAAUUGAAAGAAUUAGAAAUAGAAUUUGAUAGUAGCAUUGUUCAGGUAUUUUCAACUCUGGUUAGUCAAUCGGCCAGUUCGUUUGAUGCGAUUCGUUACAAGAUCUACGAUGAGUUCCUUCGACAGAAUUUAAAUCGUGAAAAAAUGGAGAAUGUUAGCUCUGUGUCGGGUUUAAUUUAUAUAAUCGACAUCUGGUAUCAACGUUUGGACAAAUUGAGGCGUAAUUUACAAAAGGAAUUCGAUUAUCUGAAAAAUAUAACCAAUAAGGCAUGCGAAGCGGUACAAGAAGGAGUUGCUGUUGCCCAAGAGGUGGUCAAUUUUAUACGCAGCGUGUCUGACUGCCAUUUGGCAGAUAUUUUGGAUACCAAACCUUCAGAUCAACCCGCAGAAACUCAAAAGAAGCGUCGCCAUUGUCGUCUUUGUAAAAUUCGAGAUACUCUUAAUCAAUUUGAGUGUUUAAUCUUUGACAAGGAGCUGGAUCUAGAGGCAGCCAUAACUGAUGGCCUAGAAAAGCCCAGUGUGGAAAUCAGUAUUAUUAAAAUUAUAUUUGCAUUUCUUAAAACGAAAUCAUCAUUUAUGGAAUUUCAAUUGGAAUGCCAAAACAAAUUAGAUACCCUAACAUGCUUACAAAGUUUGGUUAAAAUGCAAAUUAAAUAUUGGAUUGAAGUGGAAUAUAUUGUUAAGGCCUUUGACGAAUUGGAAAUGUCGAAAAUGCGAAUAUUGCUUACAACUGAUCCGGAAGAGCAAUCGAAUUAUCGCCUCUUGGAAUGCCAAUUGGAUGAACAAAUGGAAUUCAAUGAUAUGAAUAUGAGAGAGGCCCAAAUGAAUUUCACACGUCUCAUAGGCAGAUUGAAAUACUUAAAUCACUUAAAAGAGGAUAGCAGUGAUAAAUUGUGUCCCAUAUGUCAGACGCAGGAUGAUGAGAGGUAUGUGAUGAUGGUUUGUGGCCACUUUGUGUGCCAACACUGUUUGGAUAACAUGCGCAAGAAGACGUCACGUGAAGGGGUUACCAAGUGUCCAUUAUGUCGGCAGGAUUCACCACAACUCUACUAUUCAGUGCGUCCAGGACAACGGAAUUCGAUAAUUGGUGAUUACUCCAAAAAAAUAACCCAUAUAGUCGAAUUGAUAUUGAAAAUCAAGAAUAAUGACGAUCAGGAGAAAGUUUUGAUCUUCUCCCAAUGGCAAGCCAUAUUACUGCAAAUAGCGAAAGCAUUAUCCGACAAUGGCAUUGUGUAUCGCAGCAAAUGUCAUAAUCAGGACAUUGUUGAUUUUAAGGAUCCAAAUUUGAAAAUCACCUGCCUGCUUAUGCCUCUAUCCCGCGGCUCAAAGGGACUUAAUUUAAUAGAGGCCACUCAUGUCUUUCUGGUGGAACCCAUUCUAAAUCCCAGUGACGAGCGUCAGGCCAUCGGACGUAUUCAUCGUUUUGGUCAAAGCAAACCAACUACAGUUCAUCGUUUCAUUGUAAAUGACACAAUUGAGGAGAACAUUUUAUCGCUCAUUACAUCGGAUGAUGAUAGCAAAACAUUGUCCACACACUGGGAUCUUGAGAAUAUGACAUUGCAUGGCUUAAAAAAAUUGUUCAUACUAAAAAAUCAGACAUUUUAAAAGACACAUUCUAACUAAUAGUACAUAGUUGAAAUCAGGUAUUAUAUACAUAUAAGUUGCAGAGUAUUUAAAAAACAUUCUUUUUGUUAAGUUAUAAAAGGUUUUCAAAUUGUAAAUAGUUAUUUAUAA